ACCCUUUCCCCUCUCUCUCCCCCCUCUCUACCCAGGAGAACAGAACAAUAGGAAAACAAAUAGAAAGGAGAAAGGAAGUAAGACGAACACCUACAGAGCAAGACUUGGUUAUUGAGUACUCCAUGGGCUGUGGAAUUGCCCCCAGGAAUCCCCCUCCUAGUUUGACGAGAUUCAUAGAGAAAUAGUUCUUGAUUUUUUCCCCCUCUUUCUUUUGCUCAAGAAUUUAGACUUGUUUCUACUUUUGUUUUUCCGUAUUCCUUUUGUUGGGAUUUUCCUUGCUCCAUUCUUCGUCACCUGUGGGGAGGUGAGUAGCAGAGGGAACCAUGGUGAAGCAAGGACCCUGCCGUCAUUGCGGAGUCACAAGUACUCCCCUUUGGCGAAAUGGGCCACCUGAUAAGCCGGUGCUCUGCAAUGCAUGUGGCUCGAGAUGGAGAACGAAGGGUUCAUUGGCAAACUACACCCCAAUGCAUCGCAAGGAUGACAUUGAUGAUGAUGAACCUAGAGUUAGCAAGCUGAAGCCACCAACAUCGAAGAUGAAGUCACAGAAGAAGAAAGCAAAUCUCAUCAUAACGGAGAACGGGCCAUUUUCUAGUCAGAGUUUUCGAAAGAUGGGGGAUGCUGACCCAAGCAAUCGAUCUAGUGAUGGAUCUGCAAUAUCAUACUCUGAGAGUUGCGCCCCAUAUGGCGCUGUUGAUGCAAGUGAAAUCAGUGGUUCAGCACAAUCACAUGCUUGGGAGUCCCUAGUGCCAUCAAGAAAGAGGAGCUGUGUCACUCGUCUGAAGCCUUCACCUGUAGAAAAGCUUGCAAAAGAUCUUAACUCCAUCAUGCAUGAAGAGCAGUUAUCUUACCUUUCAGGAUCCUCAGAGGAAGACCUACUGUACCAUAGCGAAGCUCCUGUGGGUUCCUUUGAAACAGGCUCUGGAAGCGUGCUUCUAAGGCAUCCAAACUCAAAAUCACCCGACGAAGAAUCAGAAGCAAGCUCCAUUCCUGCAGAUGAUAAAUCGCAUAUUACAAGUGAAUCCUAUUCAGGGUCUGCCUCAGUUGUCGUUCACAGUGGAAACAAGGCAACAGUCAACUUAAAGGCUGUAACUGCGAGCCCCCUGCAUAUUGAAGAUAAUGCUAGAAGGUAA